CCUCUUUUGAAGCAAGAGAGUAGGUCUUAAUUUUUUUGGUAAUAAAAAUAAAUUCCGAGGGCAUUCUUGACAGGUGCCCUCUGCUUUUCCUCAACAUCUCAACGCUCUCAAUCCCACACUCUCCCACUUUCGCUUCUACCUUAUCGGUCGAUUACAUUUCUUGCUACUUAGGUUUCAUCGAUCUGUGAUUUUUCUCGCCUUCCUUGUUUCCCUAUCUCGGUGAAUUUGAUCGCGGUUGUGGUUCUAGGGUUUCUUUGUUUGUUUGGUUUCGGGGUUUAAUUUGAUGUGUGGCAUGAAGAUCGAGGAGUUAGACGAUAUGGGGAGUAGUAGGGAUGAAGAGAAGGGGGAGAUGCAGAUUGUGAGGGUUGAUUCAAAGAGAGCGUUGGUGGGAGCAGUUGCUCGGAUCCUGUUUUACCCGACACUCUUGUAUAAUGUGCUUCGUAACAAGAUUGAAGCUGAAUUCAGGUGGUGGGAUCAAGUUGAUGAGUUUUUGUUGCUGGGCGCAGUCCCAUUCCCCAAAGAUGUUCCUCACUUGAAGAAGCUUGGCGUUGGUGGUGUAAUAACUCUUAAUGAACCGUAUGAAACUUUGGUGCCUUCAUCAUUGUAUCAUGCUCAUGGAAUUGAUCACUUGGUAAUUCCCACAAGGGAUUAUCUCUUUGCCCCCUCCUUUGCUGAUAUCAGCCGGGCUGUGCAGUUCAUUCAUCAGAAUUCAACUUGUGGUAAAACUACUUAUGUUCACUGUAAAGCUGGGCGGGGAAGGAGUACAACAAUUGUGCUUUGCUAUCUGAUUGAAUACAAGCACAUGACAGCUGCUGCUGCCCUGGAAUAUGUGCGGUCUCAAAGACCCAGAGUGAUGCUAGCUCCAUCGCAAUGGAAGGCUGUUCAAAACUAUAGCAAACGCAGACCUUGUUCUUUAGCACGCUCACCCUCAUGGGAUGCAGUUCUUAUAACCAAAGCUGAUCUUGAAGGCUACCAGAGCUCUGGUAAUGCUGGUAUGGAGCUGGCCAUUGCUCCUAAAGUGCCAAAGACUAAUCCCAUGAUAUCAAGACUAUCUUGUCUGUUUGCAUCCUUAAAGACAUCCGGAAAUAGUGUACCCAUGACGAGGUGGUUGCCGGUUUCUGAGUCACGUGCUUGUUAAGCCAGCAAGCCAGGCCAGCUUGACACGGAUAUGUACAGAAGAAGGUUGUGGAAAUAAGUGAAGUUGGAUACUUUCCCACAGAGUCGGUGCAAUUGUGUUAAAUGAGAGUAUGCAUAGUAUGAAAGAUAGGGAGGGAAGAUUCCUCCAUUGUCGUGUUACGUUGUAGUUCUCUUGUAGAUACCUCAUGGUCAUGGGUGAUUACUCCAUAUGCAAGUUAAAUCAUUAUUGAUGUGAAAUAAAUACAAUUACUCAGUUGGUGGCCGAACGGUUGCUUCUGUUUACUGGUACAAGGUCUCUUUCCUGUUCCUUUACACUUGCCUACUUGCAUAUUGCCUGCCUGAAGCACAGCUCGUUUUGCAGAUCUGACCUCUGUAGCUCUGCCUACUGCUCCAGUUUCUGUUGCAAUAGGAUUCUAGGAAGGAACAGCGUAAUAUGUCUUGACGUGUGGAUGCAGCCUUGGAGUGUUAGUCAUUUAUUGUUGCUCCAAUUCUGGUGAAAAACUUGGGCUUUGGGUAUUGGUCGUAAAAGUAUCUUAACUAUGUAUACAUACAUCACAUUGAUACAUUGUGAAAAGUGUGCGAUGCAUCAAAUAAUGAAGUGUUUACAGACACUUAAUUUAGUUAAAAGAAAUAAAAAUAAAAUUGUGGAUUUUAGAGUGAGAAGUUACAAUAAAAAUUCACAGAUGACACGAGUGGAGCAAAGUAUAACCAAGUUAAGACUACAGAAGAAAAAAAAAAGGUUGUAUGAAAACGUUAGAAUACACUAGGGAUUUACACUUAGAGAAGUGUGCUUUAGCAAUAGAUAUCUAGUACCAGGUAUCGGUGACCGGUGACAACUAAGUAAUCUAAUAAGUAAUAACCUAUUUGGCGUCGAUAGUUAUGUUGUUGAUACAAACUAGUAGCGUUACAGAGGAAAAAAAAAGGUUUUGUUCAUUUUCUGUAUGGGAAGCCAAACAGGGUGGCAAUGGUGAAAACAAUUGCUUAAUAAACAAACAAGCAGUGAAGGAGGAAAAUGUGUGCAUAGCAUUGGUGAUGGAGCCCCUUGAUUUUGCAUUUAUGUUUCUUACCACUCUGCAUUGCUUGAAUAUUGCUCUCGUUUUCUGAUUAUUCUGAUUUCUCUAUUUUUAUCCUUUCUCAUGGGCUUGUUUUCUUUUGUUGCUGAGUUGUUCAUCCUGCAUUUUUUAAAUGCCGAACGAAGCCAAAGCUGACAUCUCCUGGGGCUAAUGGGACUAAUAUGGCUGUGCUUGAUAAACAUGGUUGAUUAUGCUUGCUAAUAACAACAAUGAUAACUUUGAUCUAAUAGUCUAUCUAUUAUUAAACUUCUGAAUAAUUUAACAACACUAAUAAUAAAAAAAAAGUUUUAAAUAAUAUAUGCUCUUUGACUGAAUUUCAAAAAAUAAAACAUCUUAUUUUUUAAGAAUAGUACAUAAAGUGAUCAAUAUAUGAGAAAUUUUUACUUAUUUUUCGUAAACGUAGAGACUUGUAAUGGAUUUCCUUUCAAGCCAUGUUUCUGGGGAUUGGAGGAGUUGGUUUAAGUAUGGAUUUAAUUACUCAGAGUAGAAUAUGUGCUUGAUGAGUCGGACAAGACAAGCCACCUCAUGGACUUUCUUCAUGCACAGAGAGAAGCCGGGAUUGAUGGCAAGUUCUCGGGAUUACUAUUAAUGUUCACAAGGUGUUCUUGGAAAGGGAUGUUGAGUUAUUCGAACAGUGCCAGAGACAACAUGCAGAGAAAGAAACCAAAGCCAAAGAUAUUGAAGAGCAGAGGAAACUAACUUGGAAAAGACUAGCAGAUGUUGCCAGAGAGAAUGGGUGGACGAUAUAGUCACAUAUUAGCUUCCAAGUAUGCCACUCUCCAUAAUCAUGUCAUAAUUUAUGGGUUUAUACUUUAUAUAUAUAAUUGCCAGCCUAAUUUUUUACCUACCAAUAUAUUCUAUUUCUCACUUUUGGUAUAAUCAGUAUUUUGAAGAGAGCAGUUAUUUAUGUAACUUUUUGAAAGAAGUUAGUAAUUUUUUUAGAUGUUCUGUGAAGCACUUCCACUUAUGAUUAAAGAUUGUUCGUGAAGUAAGAUUGACUUUAUUGUUUGAAGAA